UCAGCCUCCCACCGGCGUCGGGAGAGGAGCGUUGAAGCCAAUAUACUUUUGGUGCACGCAGGGAUCACCACCAGCUCGACAAAGUCCGACGACAAGAAAUCACACCCGCCUGCCCAUCUCUCCUUCGCACUCACCGCCGCACCUCCUCCUCCUCCAUCUCUCGCACUCACUCUUUCUCUGAGGCACAAUACAAUCCUCUCCGUGCACUCGAUAAAUCAGAUAGAAUUGUCCUUGGCUGAAAUCCGCCCACCAUGGCCACCACCAAUGGCGCAAACGGCGUCAAUGGCACACACAAGGACAGCAGCCUGUCCGCCAACGACAACAUCCAGCGCUUCGUCGCUCCCAGUAGGCCUCUGAGCCCCACUCCACAGCACACUCUCUUCCACCCCAAGACGAGAUGUUUUGUCUACGGCAUGCAAACAAAGGCCGUGCAGGGCAUGCUCGACUUCGACUUCAUCUGCAAGCGCAAGACUCCCUCCGUCGCCGGUAUCAUCUACACCUUCGGUGGCCAGUUCGUCAGCAAGAUGUACUGGGGCACCUCCGAAACUCUCCUCCCUGUCUACCAGCAGGUCUCGGACGCCAUGGCCAAGCACAGCGAUGUCGACACCGUCGUCAACUUCGCCUCCUCCCGAUCCGUCUACCAAUCGACCAUGGAGCUCAUGGAGUUCCCACAAAUCAAGUCCAUUGCCAUCAUCGCCGAAGGUGUGCCUGAGCGACGAGCACGUGAGAUUCUCCACGUUGCGAAGAAGAAGGGUGUCACAAUCAUCGGCCCUGCCACCGUUGGUGGUAUCAAGCCGGGUGCAUUCAAGAUCGGAAACACUGGUGGUAUGAUGGAUAACAUUGUGGCUUCCAAGCUCUACCGCAAGGGCUCUGUCGGCUACGUCUCCAAGUCUGGAGGUAUGUCCAACGAGCUUAACAACAUUGUCGCGCAAGAGACCGAUGGUGUGUACGAGGGUAUUGCUAUUGGUGGUGACAGAUAUCCUGGCACCACUUUCAUCGAUCACAUGCUCCGUUUCGAGGCCGAUCCUGAGUGCAAGAUCCUGCUCUUGCUCGGUGAAGUCGGUGGUGUGGAGGAGUAUCGUGUGAUUGAAGCCAAGAAGAACGGCACCAUCAAGAAGCCAAUCGUCGCCUGGGCCAUCGGUACCGUUGCUAGCAUGCUCAAGACUGAGGUGCAAUUCGGUCACGCUGGUUCGAUGGCCAACUCUCAGCUCGAGCAAGCCGCCGUGAAGAACAAGGCCAUGAGGGACGCUGGUUUCUUCGUCCCAGAGACCUUCGAGGACCUGCCAAAGGAGCUUUCCAAGGUCUACCAACAGCUCGUCAAGGAAGGCCAAAUCAAGCCUGCUCCAGAGCCAGCUGUUCCAAAGAUUCCAAUCGAUUACUCGUGGGCCCAGGAGCUCGGUCUUAUCCGUAAGCCAGCUGCCUUCAUCUCCACCAUUUCCGACGACCGUGGCCAAGAACUCCUGUACGCUGGUAUCCCCAUCACUGAGGUCUUCAAGGAGGACAUCGGUAUUGGUGGUGUCAUGUCCCUUCUGUGGUUCCGCCGCAGAUUGCCCAAAUACGCCUCCAAGUUCUUGGAGAUGGUUCUCAUGCUUACUGCCGAUCACGGUCCAGCUGUGUCUGGUGCCAUGAACACCAUCAUCACGACUCGUGCAGGCAAGGAUCUCAUCUCAUCUCUCGUUGCUGGUCUGCUCACAAUCGGCUCCCGUUUCGGCGGUGCUCUUGAUGGCGCCGCCGAGGAGUUCACUCGCGCUUUCGACAAGGGUCUCUCGCCCCGUGACUUCGUCGACACCAUGAGGAAGGAGAACAAGCUGAUUCCCGGUAUCGGUCACCGUGUCAAGUCACGAAACAACCCUGAUCUCCGUGUCUCGCUCGUGAAGGAAUACUGCCAACAGAAUUUCCCAUCCACCAAGCUCCUCGAUUACGCUAUCGCCGUCGAGACCGUUACCACAUCCAAGAAGGACAACCUGAUCCUCAACGUUGAUGGUUGUGUCGCCGUCUGCUUCGUCGAUCUCCUCCGCAACUCCGGUGCAUUCUCCAACGAAGAAGCCGAGGACUACCUCAAGAUGGGUGUUCUCAACGGUCUCUUCGUGCUCGGUCGCUCCAUCGGUCUGAUUGCUCACUUCCUCGACCAGAAGCGUCUGCGUAGCGGUCUCUACAGACAUCCUUGGGAUGACAUCACUUACAUGCUCCCAGAGCUUGGAAAGGGUGCUCCAGGUAACGAGGGCCGUGUCGAGGUUUCUUUGUAAGAGCUGGGAUAGCAGUCAUGACACGAUACACACCUUUUACGAGUUUGCUUUACACUUUAGCGAAGAGAGAAAAAGGGAGGCGUUCACAAUUUCUUGUUAAUGGAAUGGGCUAUGGGUCACGCGUUGCGAUGCAUGCACGACGGAAGAGACCAGUCUUGUGCUUUGUAUGGCUUGCAAGCUGUGCAUUGUAGAUAUACCAAAUAGAUCUGCCACGAGAAUGUGGCCCAGAGAAAAAGAUUACUUGCACGCAAACUGUCCGAGACUUUCGGAUCGCAUUCUCAACCAUGUUUCUUUGCUCUUAA